AGUCUCCUUUCCCCCUUCCCACCCCGACCCAUCCGCCCCGCAGCCGCCCCGCCCCCUCUCGGAGUGCCCCGCGGAGACACCGAGACGAGAAGCUAAGCAGUUGGUCGCCAGGAACCCGUCGACUCACACGCGUAUCAUCGGCGACAAGGCAGAGACCCGCCGCAAAUAUCUGACGUCCCUGCCCACGACCAGCUCCCCCAGCCAUGCCGCGCUACGCCUACCAGAAGCCCGUGAACAGGCAGUACGCCUACAACGCGCGCUACAUGAACAAUUACUACAAGCCGCUCACGGACUACAUUGAGAAGAAGAAGGAAGUGCAGUUGACGGAGAAAGCGAAGAGGGCGCCAAGCGAGCAGCCCGGCCACCAAUCCUUGGCUGAGCGGCUGAAAACCUACGCGAUGGACGGCACUGUCUACCGCUCGCCCCGGGCCUCCAGCCUCCCGCCUUCACGUAGCCUCUUGUUUGACGAUGACGGAGACUUGCUCCCCGUGAGAUACAGGAAGGCCACUAAGUCGAGGGUGAUGUUCGAGGACGAGUCUUCAUCUUCAGAAGGGAUAACGAGGACCCGACCCGUGUCCAGUUACGAGGCGGGGCGGAGGCCCCUCGACUCCAUCUGGUACCGCUACCCUUGGUACUGGGACUGGGACUGCGUGUGGGUUCCGCCUCACGAGAACCGCUCCCGCCCUCACUUCGGCGUGGGAACCAACGUCAAACUCAUCCGGGAAUUCCUGAGAGUGCGACCUUUGAAAAUCUAUUCCUUUGACGACUAUUACGCGUUUUAAACUUGAUGGCCCGACGACUCCAGACACCGGCAGCGAACAGGAAACUCUCGACCAGUACUACCACACUAGUCUUAGCCACAUCAACCAUCCUUCCUUCAACACAUUAAGGGGGCGACAGAAUAGAGGUAAACCAACCCAAUACACGGGGUCCUAUUCCCUUCAGAAACCCAACGCCGCACCAACCUACAGAGAUCACAAGGUCACAUCCCCUUGACGUGCGGCGCUCUAGACUGUAGAGAGCAUAGCGAGAGGAGCGUGGCGGGCGAGCAUGUAGGGGGAGGCUGGAGGGCUAACGCGGUGCUGGUCUUCCCUUCAGGACGCGGUGCUGCGAGUCGAUGACGAGCCCAGGCGUGUCCCGCUGUGGAUGAAGCACCCCUAUCGCCUCCCAGUUGAGGACAUCCGCGUUCCCCCCCAUGAGAGCUCCAUCUGGCCCGAGAGUGUCCCCCACUUCAACCUGGUGUCCUCUUACGAUGUGAUGAUCGGCUACCUGGGCCUUAAGCACCCGCAGCGUUAAGGGCCAUGUUCUGAAACACUUCUACGUCACACCCCCACUAUUUCAAAAGGCUCUAGUUGAAGCUACACGGGUUUUUAAGGGUGUUUUUACGGUUUUAGUGACAGGUCAGAAGAUUUGUGUAUUAUUAAAAGUAGAAACAGUCUUGAGAAUCCGGCUAAUCAUUUAUGUGGCCUUGUAAAAUAGUCGCGGUGAGAGAACAAAGUGUUUCUGAAUACCGGCCUAAGCCUGACGCCUGGCCAUGCACGUGUCACGCUCAGCGCCUCUCAACACCCUGCAGGAGGUCCGCUCUGCUCAGUCACACCAUGAGAUCCCUUUGUACAAGACCAGUACUGUGAUGCUUGGAAAUUGGAUGAUGAAGAAGACCCUGUAGAUCUGAAGUCCCCCUCUCUCUUCAUCUGUCUGUGUAUCUUUCCUCUCUUAGUCUCUCAUAAGAUCAGGAAGCGACGUUCAUCUCUCAUUACCUCCUGUUGCUUCCCUCAGAGCCACGCACCACCAGAUGGCUCUGCGCCUCACCACUGUUGUAUGAACUCUCGUCUCUCUCUCUCACGGAAGAAAGAAUUGUUGUGAUAUGUUUUACAGAUGAUCUUAUUUUAUAGGUGUUGCAUAAUAUGAUUUUUUUGGGGUAUUUAUUAAAAGGUUUGAAGCUCCGUUGGUUGUGUUUGGUUUCAAGAGUCGGCCAGCGUGCUUGGCGUCUCGUUGUUACCGCACUAACGCUCGUGUCAGCUUCGUCUAAAUAAAUGUGAUACGCUUU